GCGGGAGGGGCGGGUCCUGACGUAGCGCAAGGAGCAGAGCGGGAGCCGGCAGCUGCUCAGGGCAGCGGGCAGGAAAAGUAUACGCACACACGCACACCCCUAUCACAUUGUUGUUUUCGUGCUUUAAAGUUGAUAAAGAAAGAGUGCCUGCCAUCAGUGCAUGUUGCAAGAUGGACUUCUACUUCUGUGCCUCGUAUAACCACACACUAUACUAUUCACCCUCGGGACAAGGACAAGCGAUGGGAAGCGGUGAACAUGGAAAGAUUUGCAGAAGAAGCUGAUGUUGUCAUCAUUGGAGCAGGCCCCGCAGGACUUUCUGCAGCUAUUCGACUCAAACAGUUAGCCAUUGAGCAUGACAGAGAAGUCCGUGUAUGUCUGGUGGAGAAAGCUGCUCAGCUCGGUGCACAUACGCUUUCCGGUGCUUGUCUUGAGCCACGUGCUUUGACAGAGCUUUUCCCAGACUGGAAGGAGCGAGGGGCACCACUACAUACUCCUGUAACUGAAGACAAGUUUGGGAUUUUAACAAAGAGUUACAGAAUUCCAGUGCCAGUCCUUCCAGGACUUCCAAUGGUUAAUCAUGGGAAUUACAUAGUACGCCUUGGACAUAUUGUAAGAUGGUUGGGUGAACAAGCAGAAGCUAUGGGUGUUGAGGUAUAUCCAGGCUAUGCAGCAGCUGAGGUUCUCUUCCAUGAAGAUGGAAGUGUGAAAGGGAUUGCGACAAAUGAUGUAGGCAUUCAAAAGGAUGGAGCACCUAAAGCUAUCUUUGAAAGGGGUUUGGAAUUGCAUGCCAAAAUCACAAUCUUUGCAGAAGGUUGUCAUGGACAUCUCGCCAAACAGUUGUACAACAGAUUCAAUCUAAGGGAGAAGUGCCAAGUCCAGAGCUACGGUAUUGGACUGAAGGAGUUGUGGCUUAUUGAUGAAAAGAAGUGGAAACCGGGAAGGGUAGAACACACGGUAGGCUGGCCCUUGGACAGACAUACAUAUGGAGGAUCCUUUCUUUAUCAUUUAAAUGAAGGUGAACCAUUAGUAGCUCUUGGGUUUGUGAUUGGCUUAGAUUAUCAAAAUCCCUACUUGAACCCCUUUCGAGAGUUCCAGAGGUGGAAGCACCAUCCCAGUGUGGAGCCUACUUUGGAGGGUGGAAAAAGGAUUGCAUAUGGUGCAAGGGCUUUGAAUGAAGGUGGUUUCCAGUCUAUACCCAAACUCACCUUCCCUGGUGGAUUACUGAUUGGUUGCAGUCCUGGUUUUAUGAAUGUUCCUAAAAUCAAAGGUACACAUACUGCAAUGAAAAGUGGCAUGCUGGCUUCAGAAGCUAUUUUCAACCAAUUAACUAAUGAAAACGUCCAAGGAAAGACAACAGGACUUAAUGUGCCAGAAUAUGAAGAGAAUUUAAAGAAAUCCUGGGUAUGGAAAGAAAUUUAUUCUGUUAGGAAUAUCCGGCCUUCCUGCCAUGGAGUGUUGGGUGUAUAUGGAGGAAUGAUUUACACAGGCAUAUUUUACUGGAUACUGAGAGGAAUGGAGCCAUGGACGUUAAAACAUCCAGGGGCAGACUUUGCUCAGCUAAAACCAGCCAAAGACUGCACACCUAUUGAAUAUCCAAAGCCUGAUGGAAAAAUCAGUUUUGAUCUCCUAUCUUCUGUGGCUCUAAGUGGUACAAAUCAUGAACAUGAUCAGCCUCCUCAUUUGACUUUAAAGGAUGACAGCAUCCCUGUGAAUAAGAAUUUAGCAAUAUUUGAUGGACCAGAACAAAGAUUCUGUCCUGCAGGAGUUUAUGAGUUUGUUCCUCUGGAAACAGGAGAAGGGUCACGGCUGCAAAUAAAUGCCCAGAACUGUGUCCACUGCAAAACAUGUGAUAUUAAAGACCCGAGCCAGAAUAUUAACUGGGUAGUACCUGAAGGUGGAGGAGGACCAGCCUAUAAUGGAAUGUAAACCUGAUCAAAACUGUCCAAUGAACUUCUGACAUGAUGCUGUAAGCUCCUACAAUGAAGUUUUACAGGACCUGUGCUGCAGUGUAAGCAUAUAACUGACCUGAAUGUUUGAGGUAAUUUUGCCAUUCUAAACUUCAGGCUGGAUCAUUAUGUUAAAGCAUAAUGCCUUUGCAUUUGCUAUUAUUUGUGAGAAGCUUCAUCCAAGCAAGUGGAGCAGCAGACAAAAAAAACAAACAAACAGGUCUUUUCUUGAUUUUUUUUUUUUUUUUGUCAAUGUGGAAUCUGAUUUUUUGCCAGUGGUUAAGUGGACAUAUCCAGAACUCUGGAUGUGAAAGAAUUAAAAACGGUGAUUCUUCAUCUUCA